AUGACUGAAAGUGAGACGUCUUGUGAAGAAGCAGCGCGCCUAACGGAAGGAGCAGACGAUGAUGACGAGGCUUAUGACUAUGGAGAGUUGCCACCACCGCCAGACGGUGGUUACGGCUGGGUGGUGGUAUUCGCUUCGUUCAUGUGCAAUCUGGUGGUGGAUGGCAUCGCCUAUACCUUCGGAAUAUUCCUCUCAGAGCUAGUGACUUUCUUCGGAGAGGGUAAAGGAACUGUUGCAUGGGUCGGAAGUCUUCUGUCAGGAGUUUAUUUAGCAGCUGGUCCUGUUGUUUCGGCGUUAUGUAAUAAAUACGGUUGCAGAGCCGUGUGUGUCGCCGGCUCCUUCGUGGCCACUAUAGCCUUUGUCCUCUCCACAUUCAGUCAGAGUGUAACCAUGAUGAUGAUCACUUACGGUCUACUUGGAGGUAUCGGCUUCGGAAUGAUUUAUCUACCGUCAGUAGUAGCUGUGGGCUACUAUUUCGAAUCUCGUCGAUCUCUUGCUACCGGUAUAGCUGUAUGCGGUUCAGGCGUCGGCACUUUCAGCUUUGCUCCACUCGCCUCCAUAUUGCUCCAGGAGUUUGGCUCAUGGCAGAAUGCGAACCUUCUUCUGGCUGGGUUGAUCCUAAACUGUGCCAUAUUUGGAGCGCUUAUGAGGCCUCUUGUGUACCCAAAGACAUCAGGCGAAAAGCCUCUCCUACAACGGAUGGCGGAAGAGAAGAGACUACAAAUGGAAAGGGGUUCUAUCGGAGGAUCUUACUUCGUGGUGCAAUUACCAGAUGGUACUAUGGAGAAACGAAUGAAGGCGCCACUAAACAUAGAUCCCGGCGUGCACUCUUCGUUGAAUCUGGAGGCUCUAGCGCGUGUGCCCACUGUCCCAAACAUGCCUAAUGUUCCUACUGUGCCCACUCUCCCCACCAUUACGGAAGCACGUGUUCCCGAUGACAAGGAGAAGGAGAAGAAAAAGAAUGAAAAUGGAACUACACCCAACACGCAAGGCACUCAAAUGUCCCGCAACGUGUCAUCGCCUGCGUUCAGUGCGCAUGCGCCGGGUCUACCCAAGAACGGUUCCGUGCCCUUCUUUGACCGACAGCGCAAACAGAGCACCGGCGAUAGGUCAGAUAGCGAUAGAUUCAAACCGUCCUUAGCUGCAAUUAAAGCUACGUCCAAAACUUCCAUCGCGAGCCAUAUAAGGAACGAUGAUACAGAAGGCGUCUAUAACUCGAAAUUGUCCGUUGCUGCUCCCAAAGAACCUUCGAGAAUGGUUCGACCGAUGUCCAGAAAAGAUAUUUUCUACUCCGGAUCGGUACUCAAUCUGCCGCAGUACCAAAGCCAGAAGUCGCUACAGGGUUAUAGGAACUCCGUGCUCAGCCUUCCACAAAGUAGACAAGCGGGAGAUUUGGAAAGGCAGGAACAAUACGAUCUCUGCCCUUGUCUGACCUUGCCCGCAUCCUUCAAGUCAGCGUUGUCAUCAAUGCUGGACGUCAGCUUGUUGCGAGACCCAGCUUUCAUGAUGAUCGGAGUGUCUAACGUAUUUGGAAUGGCGGGACUUUACGUGCCUUUUGUGUAUAUUGUUGACGCUGCUGUUAUGAAUAAAGUUGAUGAGUCAAAAGCCUCAUUCCUAUUGUCGAUUAUUGGUAUAACGAACACGUUCGGUCGUAUUAUGUGCGGCUGGGUGGCUGACUUCCCUUGGAUGGACUCACUUUUGCUCAAUAAUAUUUGCUUAGUAAUAGCUACGAUAUCAGUUGGUGUAAUUCCCUUCUGUUCCUCAUACGGGGCGUAUGUAGCUGUGGCUAUUGCUUUUGGUCUUGCUAUCUCUGGAUACAUCUCCCUGACAUCUAUUAUCCUGGUAGACCUCUUAGGUCUGGAUAAGCUGACGAAUGCGUUUGGCCUCCUUAUUCUGUUCCGUGGUGCUGCAGCCAUUAUCGGAUCACCUUUGGCUGGGGCAGUGUAUGACGCCACCAAGAAUUAUGACGCAUCAUUUUACAUGGCCGCCGCGUUCUUCUUAGCUUCUACGUUAACGUCUUUCGCUGCGCCUAUGUUUAGAAGAAAACAAGAAGAAGCCCCGCAACCUCUAGAUGUCCUCACACCCAUAGAUGAGGAUUUGGAAGAGGACGAAGACCCAGACGACACGCCUAUUACGAUGGGGGCGGCGCUGGCUAGCCGUCCUCCAGCGAUCACAAGAACUGCUGCCUCCCCCUCCGAUCCGCCCUCCCCAGACCGAACCGACGUUUCGCAGCGAGAAAGUGUACUUUAG